AUGAAUCGCUGGCGACUGCAUAGUCGAAGCGACGAGCAGAAGCUCAAUCUCGUUCCCAAAGGAGCCGUUGUCCGAGGGGUGCUGCUGCAGCAGCUGCUACAGGUUGUCGUCGCCGUGCUUCUAUUCCUGGUGGACCCCAACAGUCAGAACCACGGGGAGGUGCCGCCCAGCCUGUGGGUGCAGGUGGCGCAGGUGGGCGUGGCCAUGGUGGUGAUGGACGCGUGGCAGUACUUCUGGCACCGCCUCAUGCACGAGAGCCGCUUCCUCUACAGGAACCUGCACAGCUGGCACCACAGGCUGCUCGUGCCGUACGCCUAUGGUGCCCUCUACAACCACCCCAUUGAGGGGCUCAUUCUUGACACCUUUGGCGGCGCCGUCUCCUUCCUUGUCUCUGGCAUGCACCCGCGCACGGCCAUUUUCUUCUUCACCUUCGCCACCAUGAAGACGGUGGACGACCACUGCGGCCUUGUGCUGCCCUUCAGCCCCUUCCAGCGCUUCUUCCACAACAAUGCCGCCUACCAUGACAUACACCACCAGCUCUCCGGGUUCCGCUUCAACUACUCGCAGCCAUUCUUCCCCGUGUGGGACAUGCUCCUGGGCACCCACAUGCCCUUCACGCUCGUGCAACGGGCAGACGGGGGAGUGGAGGCCAAGGCGAUCCGCAAGGCAUCGCUCUCCUCUGACGCUAAGACCACCGCCGCUGCUGCUACUGCCGCCAAAGCUGAUGCUGCCGGGGCUACUGCUGCUAAUGGGGGUGGGGAGGGGGAGCGCAAGGAUAAGAAGAACGACUAA